UAAAAUUGCAUAUAGAAUAGAAUGGAAUGUAAUAGAAUAUUUCUAAGCAUGGAGUCCUCAUACAUGUCUUUAUUUUUUAAAAAACUAAACUGCUCUAUUAUCAUGUUUUGAGAAGAUGCUGGAACAUUUAAGCUUGAGCAAUGUUUGUUGCAACAGACCGCACAAUCUCUGUGCAUAGUUACUCAGAUAAAGAAGUCAAGAUGCGGCAUAGUUUCCAACAACAAUUAUGUGAUGCACUAGCAAUUCUUCAAGCACACUAUGCAAAAUAUUUUAGUAUAGAGAAAGAAAUAUAUGGAGAAGAUGAUGAUUCAAUAGCCAGAAAGUUUGAGAGGUUAAGGAGUGAGCUUGAUGAGCAGGCUACUACAAUCCAAAGUCUAGAAGAAGAGCUGCAGGAGUAUAAAGACCGAGAAAAGCCAUGCUUUGCCUUUCCAUCAAAAGAUGAAAUGGACAGCUUCUUAAUCUUUCAGUUUUCAGACAGAGACAUUGAAACACAGUUGCUUAAGCAAGAAAUUUGUGAGUUCAAAGAACAAAUGGCCAGCCUGACUGAAAGAUAUACACGCCUUCAAGAAACUAUGAAACGCAGAGAAAAAGAACAUACUGACUUAGAAACUGAAAUGCAACGUAUUAGAGAGAGAAAAGAGAAAGAUAUGAAGACAAUGCAAAAGCUACUGACAACUCAAGAAAUAUUGAAACUGGAACUUGAACGGGAGAAGCAGCGAGUGCUAUCUAAAGCUCGGGAUCUAAAAGAGGCACACGAUACUCUAGCAAAAUUAACAGAAGCCCAAGACGACACUAUGCUAAAGGUACCAUCAGUCGAUGAAGAAAAAUCAGAUAAGAGGAAAAGGAGACUGAAAGGGAAGGCAGCCAAAGAAGCGGCUGCCAGAGAAGCUGGAGCCCAAGCAGCUGCUGCCAAAGUAGCUACCAUCAAAGAAGCCAUUGCUAAAGAGGCUAAAGAAAAGGAAUUGUUAUUGGAGUCUGAUAAGGCUGAAGUGGAAAAAGACAGAGCAACUGAGAGAAAAGAAUUUCAGGAUGAGAUAACGAGGCUGAAGAAAGCUGAGGAGCAGGCAAAGCUGCAUGCACAGAGACUCCAACAGGAAUUGUAUCAUACCAGUCGAAGUUGGCAAAUGAAGUUUGAAAUUCUAAAGAAAAGCCUGCAUGCCAUUAAAGAUGAGAUGUUCCUUAGACAAUCAUUGCGUCAGUCAACCAAAUUUAGACGCACAUCUCUUACAGAGAGGAACACUCUUCCUGCACUUAGCCAGAACCCUCCAAGCAAAAAAAAUACAUUUUUGACUGGUUUAUACAUGCAAUAUCCACCUCUGCCAGAAAUAAAGUCGCAAAGAGUCACAGGAACGAAUGAAGAAGGGAGCAGCGAUAGCAAUAAAAUUCCAGUUACAAUUGAAAUUCCUAGUGCAUUUGAGGGUGAGUCUGCAGAAGAGGAAGACUUUGAGGAAUCUUCAUCACUGCCAUCACCCCUUUCUUCUACACUUUGAUCACCUGCUGAGAGAAGAGGAAGAGGAGAUCCAUUGCCACAUCUUGCUAGGCCACCUGGAAAGGAUGCUUUCUCUCUCUGAGGCUGCCCUGGAAAAUCAUCCCUCCUGAUUCCAGCACUUUCCUGGUUAAGUUUCCCAAUUAUGGAGCUGGGAGGUCAACAGUUUCUGCACUUUCACACACUUGGCUUGUAGGUUUGGCCAUCCCCACUGGAAAACUAGGUAUUGACUUCUUUAAGUCGCAAGUGGCAUUCAAUAAAGUAGUAACGUAGACACAUC